AUGGAAUGCAAGAUCGAUCAUAUGUUGGAAGAAGCAAAAGCACUAGUAACUUGAUGAAUUUACCCUAACAGGAAAGGUGGUGGAGCAAAGAAUGCUUAGAAAAGAGGAAGAUGCCUCUCCCUGGGUUGAUAUCCCCAAUGCGCUUUCUUUGCUUGGAAUUCUCCUGAGAGUGGCAGACCAAAUAUAAAACAGGACCCCACAAACCAAGUAGAGCACAUAACCCUCUCUAAGCAAAGCGCGAAGCAAGGCAAGGCAUCCAAGGGGGCAUCUUUCCUGGCUUUAGAUUUCUUGGACGACGGAUCGAUACACCCCAAAAUUCCCUUGCCAGUUGCAUCGCAUCACUAGUCCUGGUGAAAGAAAGAGGGAAUAAUCACCUGGAGCAAGAGGGCACCUUCUUUCUCUUUUCUUUCUAAUCUCUGUGGAGAGAUUACCAAAGAUUCCUUCUUCCUAUACUCCCACUCCUUAUAUAAUUGGAGGGAGAGAUUUGGAGAAAUUGUCAACCGCAAAGCCACUCUUUCUUCUUUCCCUCAUCGCUGCGCGGCGCGCUCUCUUUGUUUUAUAUUUCUCGCUGGAGGGGGCGUGGAUGGAUUCACUUUUUAGAUAGUUCCAGAAGAAGAAGAAGAAGAAGAUCCCAGGCAAGAAAAUUAUGCUCGAUGGCUACUCCAAGGAGGGAGUGAUUGUCGGGCAGAAUUGGGGGUCGUCCUCCUCGAUCAUCAUCGACGACACCGAGGAGGAAGAUCGCAGCAACCAGCAGGCCAAGCGAUCGGCGAUGGUGGACAUGAUCCAGGCGGCUCACCAGGCCCAUCCCUCCCAGCUCGGUGGAUCUUACAGUGGCUUCUUCCAUCCCGGCUCGGGAGGAGGAGGGGGUGACGAAUUCGAUCGUCGCAGCGCUGCUUACAUACCUUCGCAGUGGAGGGAGAGCCCGAAUCCCUUUCUCAAGUACUACCACGCCAAUUCCAGGGAAGGGGAAGGAACAGAGAAGCCAUUGGAUGAUCUUGCCAGCAGCAAGAUCCAUGUCUUCCAGCGGGAGAUCGAGAUUUCCAGCGCCACCAGCGCGCCCGAUCUCAAGAUCCUCUUCCCCAAGUCGUCAUCCUUGGUUCGCCACCACGAAAGGAAGAAGAAGAAGAGGCUCGUCGAUGGCGACGAUGAUCUCGAUCUCCUGAGCUUGCGCCCGCCCAAUUCCGCCCACUCGGACACCACCACCACCACCACCACCGCCACCAACGCUAGCAGCUCGCCCGAUCGCGAGAGCUCCAUCAUCGCCCACAACCACAGCCUCUUCCACAAGCCCGCCCAGGUGGAGCUCCCGCGACCAAAUCACAUCGAUCUCCCGCGAUUGGAUCCUCCGGGACACCACCAGGCCCUGGGAUUGGAGCUCCUCAACGUGCUCCUCGAGUGCGCCCAGGCCGUGCAUCGCCAAGACCUAGACUCCGCCACCGCCCUCCUCGCCCAGCUCAAGCACGGCGCCUCCGUCUAUGGCGACUCAAUGCAGCGCCUCACCGCCCACUUCGCCGAGGGCCUGGCGACGCGGAUCCUCCACCACCGCCACUCCGCCACCGCCGUGCAGCUCCUCCCGCCCGCCAAGCUCGACCUCCUCCACAGCCUCAUCCUCCACCGCCCCGCCGCCAACCCCGCCGCCGCGGACGAUCACCUGGCCGCCUUCACGGCGCUCUACAAGGUGUCGCCCUUCUUCAAGCUCGCCCACUUCACGGCCAACCAGGCGAUCGUGGAGGCGGUGGCCGGGCGCGCUAGGGUUCAUGUCAUCGACCUCGACAUCCUCCAGGGAUUCCAGUGGCCGAGCUUCAUCCAGGCGCUGGCCAGCCGCUCCGGCGGCCCGCCAUCGCUGCUCACGCUCACGGGCAUCGGAUCCAGCGCGGAAUCGCUGCGCGACACGGGCAAUCGCCUCUCGAGCUUCGCCGCCAUGUUUGGCGUGCCCUUUCGAUUCCAGCCCCUGGUGGUGGGCAGCCUCGAGGAGCUGGAUUUGGGGGCGAGGAUCGAACCCCGGACCGGCCAUGGCGAGGUCGAGGAUAUGGAGGAGGAGGAGGACGAGGAGGAGGAGGCGGUGGCCGUGAAUGCCGUGUUCCAGCUCCACCGGUUGCUCAAUGCGCCGCGGGAAUCGCGCAAGCUGGAGCGAUUCCUGGCGGGGCUGCGGCGGAUCCGGCCCGCGGCGGUGACCGUCGUGGAGCAGGAGGCGGCGCACAACGCCCCGGACUUCAUCGCGCGCUUCGUGGAGGCGCUCCACUACUACGCCGCGGUGUUCGAUUCGCUGGACGCGUCGCUGCCGCAGCGCGACGAGGAGAGGGUCCGGAUCGAGCAGGUGAUGUUCGCGGCGCAGAUCAAGAACAUCGUGUCGUGCGAGGGGGCGGAGCGGAUCGAGCGGCACGAGAAGAUGGGGUUUUGGGCGGGCAAGAUGGGCGAGUGUGGCUUCGCGCAGGCGCCCAUGAGCUCGCACUCGGUGAGCCAGGCCAAACUGCUCCUCCAGCUCUGCCCCUGCGAUGGAUACCGGGUGGUGGAAUCGCCGUGCGAGGGGUGGCCGGUGGGAUCGAUCUCUCUCGGCUGGCAGCAGCGAUUGCUCCUCACAGCCUCGACGUGGGGUUGCGCUUGAGAGCCACGAUCGAGAGAUCUAUUUUCGAUCGAUCGAGUGGUAUAGCGAGCAGAGUAUCAUCAAGAAACGCAGAAUUUCUUGGAAGAGUUUUGGAGAGAAGGGGGUUUUGGGUCGAGAAUCUACACAGUACAUAAAAGAAAGAUGUUUAUAGAGAGGAUGGAGAAUUCAAUUCGAGCACCUUUUCAGCAAA